UUUUUAACGUGCUAACAACAACACGAAUCUGUCAAAGCAAAUUUCCAUCGGAAUCAUAGCUCUGCACUCUGCAGCUAAAUUUUCUUUCGAAUUUUUCAGAACUCGAAUGCUGUAGUAGUUGACGAUUCCUUCGAGUGCUUAUUUGAUUCGGUUGUUCUUGUCAGAGUAGCAUCAAUUUGAACAAAAAUGUCCGGUGUACUCCGUGUAGGGAUACGGUUCCUCAACCGUUCUAGCUCAAUCAAGUCAACGGUUUUCGAGGGAAAAAUUUGCGCACCGUUGGUAAUUUCCUCUUGCAGCAUUUCCGGGAAAACAAUGCGGGGCUCUAAACUUGUUAAGCCGACUCCUUUUCCCUACCUCGAAAAGGAAUAUACGGCACUGCAAGCUUGCAAAGACGUUCUUUUCAAAACGACCACCAAUAGGUUCGAUGAAAAUACCAAGGUUGUCGUCGUUGAAGGGCCCAUUGCUGCCGGAAAGUCAGCCUUCGCCAAGGAACUUGCUUCCGAAUUGGAUAUGAAGUAUUUUCCAGAAGCAAAUCUCGAUAGCUAUUACAUUAACUCGUAUGGCUACGAUCUGCGUCAGCUGGACCCUCAGAUGCCUGCCAAUAUGCAGAGCUUUGAUGUGAACAAGUUUCUGCAGAACCCCAAUCAUCGUAAUGUAGCCACGUUUCAAAUACGAACGCUGAUGCAACGCUACUCGCAAUACAUCGAUGCUCUGGCUCAUUUAUUUUCGACUGGCGAAGGUGUUGUACUGGAUCGAUGCGUGUACUCCGAUUUUGUCUUCGUUGAGGCCAUGUUCAAGAGCGGUUACAUCUCGAAAGGCGCCCGUUCGGUUUAUUACGACAUCGUGCAAAACACCAUGUCAGAAUUAUUGAAGCCGCAUCUGGUAAUCUACCUGGAUGUUCCAGUAAAUGUCGUAAAAAGCCGCAUUCAAAAGCGAGCUCAUCCAGCUGAAACCAAUGCGAAGGCCCUUACUGACCGCUAUCUACAGGACAUGGAGAACAUUUACAAACAACAAUAUUUGAAAGACAUCAGCACGCAUGCCGAAUUGCUGGUCUACGAUUGGUCCGAUUAUGGUGAAACCGAGGUUGUAGUAGAGGAUAUCGAACGUAUAGAUUUUGAUCGAUUCGACAAAGAUGACACCCAUAUGCGCGAUUGGCGUUUCGAGAACGAAGAAGAGUACACCGAAUUUCGUGCCCGCUACAUGAACAAACCGGACUUAAUUAACUACUUCAAUGUACCGCGGUACGACGUUCCAGAGUUACUCGUUUCGCCAGAGGAAUUUAAAGCCUGGUACGAUAUCUGGUCGGAGGCUCCGGGUCAGAAGUAUAGGAAAGGAUAUAAUGCUGAAUGCGGAGACGCGGGAAUUCUUACCAAAACUAAGUUGGAUUUCCGCAAUUCUUUGUAAAUGAAGCGUGUUUUGUUAUUCCAAACACUGGUGUAUUUCACUGCUAAGAAAGUUAAAUAAAAACUACUACACAAAUUUCGGUUACUGGAUAAGAA